AUGGACACUGGAGAGAUACUCGACUUCCUGCAGAAGCCCGCGGCGUUGCUGCCAAUCACCCAGCACAGGGACAGCAUCUUGUACACCAUUGAGACAACGCAUGUCACGAUUAUCGUCGGUGAGACAGGGAGUGGCAAGACCACGCAGAUCCCUCAAUUCCUGGAACAGGCAGGUUGGUGCAACGAUGGGAAGGUCAUCGCCAUCACCCAGCCUCGGCGUCUUGCUGCGACCUCUGUCGCUGCUAGGGUGGCGAGCGAGAUGAGAACAAGUCUGGGUGAUCGAGUUGGGUACUCUAUUCGCUUCGAAGACCUCACAUCUGCCACAACAAGAAUCAAGUUUUUGACUGACGGAAUGCUGCUGAGAGAAGCCCUUGUUGAUCCACUUCUCUCACGCUAUUCAGUCGUAAUGGUGGAUGAGGCUCAUGAGAGAUCACUGAGCUCUGACGUGCUCCUUGGUCUGCUGAAGAAGAUUAAGAAGAAGCGACCAGAGCUACGCAUCAUCAUAAGCUCGGCAACGUUGGACGCUCAUCAGGUAGCAGCAUUCUUCGAGGACGAAGAGGCUCCAGUCGAGUCCAAGACUUCGAAGCAAUGCCAAAUUGUCAAGAUCGAUGGUCGUAGUUAUCCUGUUGAUGUGAUGUACAGUACGAAGCCGGUCGAAGAUUAUGUCGAAGCAGCCGUCAAUACCGCUUUUGAUAUCCACACCAGCGAGAGAGGCUUAGGUGACAUUCUGGUCUUUCUCGCUGGUCGAGCAGAGAUCGACAGCGCUAUUCAGAAGCUGUCAGAGCGUGCUGCUACGCUACCACCCAAUGGACUUGCUCUGCAACCAAUCCCACUUUAUGCCGGACUCACCACAGCCGAACAGAUGUAUGCUUUCAGUCCCGCAGCAGAGAGGACACGCAAGUGUGUCAUUGCGACCAACAUCGCCGAAGCAUCGGUCACAGUUCCUGGCAUCGUCUACGUAAUCGACUGUGGGUUUGUCAAACUCAGGACAUACUCACCCGUCACUGGAAUAGAUGCACUGACUGUUGCACCGGUGUCUCAGGCAAGCGCGACGCAGCGUGCAGGCCGAGCUGGAAGAACGCAGCCAGGCAAGUGUUUCAGACUAUACACGCGAGCUGCUUACUCUUCUCUCGCAGCUACGACCUCACCUGAGAUUCAGCGCUCCAACCUGGCACCCUUGGUACUGCAGCUCAAAGCUCUUGGUAUCGACAACGUCGCCCGGUUCCCGUUUCUAUCUCCUCCGCCAGCUCAGUUGAUGAUUCGAGCCAUGGAGCUGUUGUUCUCCCUCGGCGCAGUAGACGACUACGCCAAGCUGACACAUCCCAUGGGCACGCGUAUGGCAGAGCUUGCGGUACCGCCGAUGAUGGCAAAGUGCUUGCUUGCUGCAUCCGAUCCGAAGCAUUUCGACUGUCAGUCCGAGCUUCUUGCCAUUGCUGCCAUGACCUCAAUUCAAGGCGAUGUCUGGUUCCAUCACGAGGGCCAGAAGAAGGCAAUGGAGAUGUCGAGACGGAAGUUUGCAGCAGAGGAGGGCGACCACCUCACCCUGCUCAACGUGUACCAGGCUUUCGUCACCAAGGGCAAAAAGGAAGCACAGUGGUCUCGCAACAAUCAUCUCAAUCAUAAGUCGAUGACACGCGCUGUCAGCAUCAGAGCACAACUUAGGAGGUAUCUUGAGCGACUCGGGCUUCCCGUUGACGAUGCAUCGACAUCGACAUCGACAUCGCGCACCUCCGGUGCUGACAAAACCAGAGCAAUCCUCAAGUGCUUGACGACUGGCUUCUUUAGCCAAGCAGCAAGAAUGCAGCCAGAUGGGACAUUCAAGACCUUUUCUGGAGGCGUCACGCUUCACGCGCACCCUACGAGCUUAAUGUUCAACCGCAAAGCUGACUACGUUAUCUUCAACGAGCUUCUGGAAAGCGGUGACAAGGUUUUCAUCAAAAACAUCAGCAAAAUCGAGAAGAGCUGGUUGCUUGAAUUGAGCGGCGGUUAUUACAAGACUUGA